AUGUCCACCCGCGAGCUCGCGCUCGGAACUGGGCCAGGCGCCUCCAAGUUCAUCCUCGACGACGCCACCCUGCGCAUCGAGCGACCCGCGGACAAGCAGUGGCCAAAUAUCGAGACCCCACUGCGCAAUGUACUUUGGGCGGGUAUUGACAAUGACGUCUUGACCGUAUCCCUGCUCGCCCGGAAGAAGGCCCGCUCGCCGCUCAGUCUCAUUCACGUUACUGGGCCUGUCGCAGAUACAGAUAAAGAGGCUGCCAGUUCUUUUUCUGGCACAGUCAUGGCCGUUGCAUAUAUCGGUGUUGCCCCCGAGAGGCGCCUCAAGGUAUUUGUCAACCCUCACAGCGGACCUGGCAAAGCAGCCAAGAACUACCGCAAGAAGAUUGAACCCAUAUUCAAAGCCGCGAGAUGCAAAGUUGACCUUUCGUUCACAGAGCGCAGAUACCAUGCUCGGGAUCUCGUGAAAGAACUUCCUUUGGACGACUUCGAUGCCGUCGUCGUUAUGUCGGGAGACGGACUUAUCCACGAAGUCCUCAACGGUUACGCAGCUCAUGCAGAACCAGGCCGAGCGUUCCGCAUCCCUUUGUCACCCAUUCCAACAGGAUCUGGGAACGGUCUUGCGCUCAACCUCAUGGGAAUGGAGGCGAGUUCCACGCUUUGCAAACGACGCACAUUUUCUCUCUUAGGAAAGCCGAUGGACGUGGACAUGUUCUCCAUGAAGCAAGGCGAAAGCCGGUACAUCUCGUUCAUGUCUCAGGCGGUGGGUCUCAUGGCAGACAUCGACUUGGGCACAGAGCCCCUUCGGUGGAUGGGUGGACAGCGGUUUGUGCUGGGAUUUAUUUACAAUGGCGAGUAUCACAAAGCAUGUCCAGUGAAACUGUCCAUCAAAGCCGUCCACAAGGACAAGCAGAAGAUGCUGGGCGACAUGCACUCCGCGAAGGCAAAGAGCGAGGCUGCGCACAAGACCGCACAGCCAUGCUCUCCUCAGGACACUACGGAGACCGGCCUCCCUGAUAUCGUGCACAUUGGGCCAGACGCAGACAAGGACGGCUGGAUAACGUUUGACCAGCCGGUCCUGUACGUAUACGCCGGGAAAGGCCCGUACGUCUCUGCCGACUUUGUACAGUUCCCCGUCUCGCUCCCGAACGACGGCCUCAUCGACGUGGUUGUACAAGAGCGGACAACCCGUGGAGCGAUGUUGAAGGGUAUCGAUGGCGCCGAGAAGGGGCAUCCGUUCUGGUUGGACACGCAACAUUACUACAAGGCCAAGGCGUAUCGGAUCGAGCCGGCCUCCAACAAGGGUCACCUGUCCAUCGACGGCGAGGCGUACCCCUUGGAGCCUUACGAAGUUGAAGUACACCAAGGACUUGGAUGUUUCCUCAGUAUGUACGGCUCAUAUCAAAUUAACUUCGAAGCUCCCGCCAAGAAGUAG